AUGGCAAAGUUCAAGCCACCGGAAAACUUCAACUUUGAGAAACCGGGAGAAUGGCCGUCGUGGAGACAGAGAUUCGCACGAUUCAGGUCAGCUUCCAAGCUAAGCCUCGAGGAUGCCGACGUCCAGGCAGUGCUUAUGGUGAGGCAAGCUGAAGAGGUAGCACAACAGAUAACCCAGCAAGAGCAGCAGGCUCCACUGGCGGUGCAAGCAGUGAAACAAAAGAGGUUCGUGAAGAAAGGAGGGAAACCGCAGGGAGAGAGGAGCGGAGGACAGCAGCACGGCUACCAAGGGGAGAGCAAGUGCAAUCGAGAUACAGCAGUGGAGAUGGGGCUGGUUAAGCGAGUACAGCAGGUGAAGGCAGCAGCCGUCCACCAGGGCACGAUGAAGACCGACCCGGUGAAGAUACAGCUACGUGACGACGCCGUGCCACACGCCGUACACACAGCCAGGAGAGUCCCACUGCCACUCCUUUCGAAAGUCCAAGCUGAGCUACAGCGCAUGGAGGAACAUGGCGUGAUUGUCAAAGUGACACAACCGACAGAAUGGUGCGCGCCAAUGGUGCCAGUCCUGAAGCCGUCAGGCGCCGUCAGAAUCUGUGUAGGGCUCCAGAAGCUGAAUGAGAACCUGAAGAGAGAAACUUACCAGCUACCUACCACAGAUGAGACGCUGGGAGUAUGGGCCUGUGAGCGGUUCCAGAAGUACCUGGUUGGCAUGGACAAAUUUAGACUCAUAACAGAUCACAAGCCGCUGGUGCCGCUGAUAAACAGCAAAGACCUAGACGCGGUGCCUGUUAGGUGUCAGAGACUUUUGAUGAGGCUUAUGCGCUUCAAUGCAAAGGCCGAGUACGCACCGGGCAAAACGUUGGUCAUAUCCGACGCACUGUCACGCAGCCCGCUGAAGGAGAGCUACAGCACUACGGAAGCAGUCAUUGCGAGCCACGUGAACGCAGUGACACACAGCUGGCCUGUCUCACAAAGCAAGCUGGACCGGAUCAGGACAGCCACGCAGGAGGACCCACAGCUCCAGCACGUGAGAAAGCUGAUCAGGGAUGGAUGGCCCAAACGAGACGACCCACUAUUGGCUUUAAUGAGCUACCGCGCCACCCCCACCACAUCCACAGGAGUGAGCCCGGCAGAAAUGCUCAUGGGGCGUAAGAUUCGCACCACACUGCCAUCUCGAAAGAGAAACCUCAUUCCAAAGCAGCCAAACUGUGACCUCAUCCGUCGCCGUGAUGAAGAAGCCAAACAACAACAGGCAUUCUACUACAACCGGAGACACGGAGCGAGGGACUUGCCACCCUUGCACACAGGUGACCACGUCCUGUCCAAGCUGGACGGGGAGAAGGUGUGGAAAGGUCGAGCAUCGGUGCAGCAGGAGUGCGGCACGCCGCGCUCAUACCAGGUGAAGUCGCCAGGAGGAGGAGAGAUGAGGAGAAACAGGCGUCAUCUUCAACAAGUGCUGCCACCGAUGGAAGAGGAGAACACAGACUCUGGGCAACCUACCACAGAGCCAGAGCAAGAAGCACCACAACACGGCUCUGACCAGGGACUGUUCCCGGUGGCGGAUGUGCAGCGCACGCGCAGUCCGCUGUCCUCUGGAUGGAUGCUGGUGCUCCGCGUGUCCGUGAGAGCGCGUGCACGUGUGCUGGUGCCCGCUGUGGUGCAGAGGGGCGGGAGGAGAGAGAGACGCACGACCAGCCCGACAGACAGGGUGCUUUUCGUCUCCAUGUCCUCCAUCCCCGCCCGCUGUGAGAGAGGACGUGAUGGCGCUUGCAUCCGGAUCCAGACAGACUCAGGUCCAGGCUGA